GAUAGUUUGCAAUAAUCAUGCCUAUAUUUUCACGCAUGUUAAAGGGAAUUCAGAGUAUUUCACCAAUAUUGUCAAGAGACACCACCCUAUUACCCAUCUCAAGCCGACGUUAUUCUUAUCAACACCCUCAGCUUCGGAUGGCUAAUAUUGUCGGAGAUCCACAGGAUUUCUUUAACUAUACCAGUGGACGAUGGGUUUGGGAUGAAAGGCAGCAACUUCAAGAGAGGUAUCGUGAAUUUAAUAUACUUGAGAUACAGAACAUCGCUAUGGAAUCAUCAUCCUCUGGGUCCUGUGUUAGUAUGUCAAAGAUAGGGGAAGGGUCAUACAACAAGUUGUUCAAGCUUACGAUGGGCAAUGGGAAGACGGUUGUUGCUCGAAUUCCAAAUCCAAAUGCUGGGCCAGCUUGCUUGACAACAGCGUCCGAGGUUGCCACAAUGGACUUUUUAAGAACCAUACUCUGUCUUCCAGUCCCCAAAAUUCUUGCAUGGAGUUCUGCAGUUGACUCUACGAACCGUGUAGGGGCUGAGUAUAUCAUCAUGGAGUAUGCCCCCGGUAGAAAUCUCGCAGAUGUUUGGACAGACAUGGACCUUGAAUGUAAGGUUCAGACGAUGGAGGAUAUAGUGACUAUCCAACACAAUUUUUUAUCGUUGAAAUUCUCCGAAUAUGGUUGCCUUUUCUACAGGGAAGACGCACCUCCUGGAUCUCACCCUGCAAUAGUCGAAGGAGGCAACUUGUCGCAUGAAAUUAAGCAUAAAAUUGCUGAGAAGUAUUCUAUCGGGCCGAUAGUAGACACAGCAUUCUGGAGUAAAGGGCGAGGCGAUAUGGAUAUUCAUCGUGGACCAUGGGCUUCUGUGGUUGACUACAUACAGGCUUUUGCCCUUCGAGAGAUAGCUUGGAUCCAAAAACAUGCAAUCCCGCGUUCUCCAAAUGAUCCGUUAUUCGUUUCCCACAGCCAGAACGAUCCUGCUGAACACAUUUCUCUUCUCCAGAGAUAUUUGUCUAUUGCUCCUCAUCUGAUCGCACAGGAGGAAAGUAUUUCACGGUCAUUCUUAUGGCACCCAGACCUUCGCACUCCUAAUAUUUUUGUCGAUGAUAGUGGUCAUAUCACUAGCGUCAUUGACUGGCAAAGCACAUCGGCUGGUCCUUUGUUCCUAGAAGGCCGCCAUCCUCAUUUUCUCGAUUAUAACGGUGACUUGAUACUCGAACUACCUGAAAAUCUUAAGCAACUGGAUGAAAAGACGCAAAAUACUGUUAAGAGCAAAGUUACCAACUCGAUCCUAUUAUAUCUCUAUGAGAAAUAUACGGCAGAAAGAAACCCAAUUCUGAGCAGAGUUUUCCAGUAUCCAAAUGGCAAGACACUAACAGAUCCAAUUCGCUUUGUUGGGAAUACAUGGGAUGGAGAUAUCUUACCACUACGAGAGUCUUUAAUAAGGAUACAGAAGAAGUGGAGUUCACUAGGCUGUACAGUUGAGUGCCCCAUCGACUUCUCUCCUGAAGAAAUUCGCAAACACUAUGAGGAUAGUGAAGGCUGGAAUGAAGUACAAGACUUUUGGGACGCCUUAUCAGGAAUUAUUAGCAGGGACGGCUGGACCUCACAUGCAACAUACGAUCAAGCUGUUUCCAUUUAUUCUCAGAUCCAGGCAGAAACAGCCUCUCACUCAAGCCACGAUGUAUAAUACUAGAGGAAUAAGUUAAUUCUGUGCGAAGAUUGCUCCAGAAAAUAAUUUUUGGUUUCCACGGAUGAAUGAGAUUUGCAUACAACAUGAAAAAGACUGUCAAUGUAUGCCUGCCGUGACUGAGGUGGCCUCCGUUUCUUUGAGAUAUCCGCUGCGGAAGCUGUCGAAUCCUCCCGCGAGAUGAGUUUCCGCAUAGAAAGACUCUUCUCCGCUCAGAUGUCUUAAAACAACUGGGAGGAGAGAGAGGUAUCGAGCCAUGAUCGCUCUUCGGGGGAAACGAUUUCAGAUACGAACGAUCACCAAACGUUUGUGCAGUUGCUGUCGAUGAGGGGGAGGAAGCAGCAACGUAACACCCAUGGGUAUGAACUCUUCUCUGAAAGCAACAAGGAGGGUUACCAACUGAUAGGGCGGUAAUAUAACCCCUGUUAAGCCCGGGGUGUGGAUUGUUGACCGCAUUUAGAGAAGAAAUGGCCAUCUUUAUCAAUAGAGUCUACAUUCAUGACAGUGGGCGCGAGAUCCCUGGUCCUUGAAACCUUGUCGCUACAGCAAAGGCAGCGCAGUUAAUCAAGAGAACUAUAGCACGGCCGCCCGUGGCAUAUUCUUCGACUAUGGCCUUUUGCCUAUCUGGAAUAAUGUUGGUGAAUAGCGGAAUAAAGCUACAAGACCACACUAGCAAGAGAUGAAUAGGCUCG